AAAGCUUCCCUAACCUCGCAUCUGCUUCGUAGUCUUGCGUCCUAUUGUUCUGAAAACAGCCAGGCUGGUUCAAGACAACUGUUAUUCAUCUCUUCCAUUAAUAUACCCUUUUCUUCCAACUGUUGUCAAUUGUCACAAUGCUUUCCGCUACUCUCCGCUCUGUCGCCAGACAGGCUCCCCUCAGGGUUGCUGUUGGCCGUGCCGCUGCUUCCACCUGGGCCGGUGUUCCCCAAGGACCUCCUAAGAUUAACCUCGGUACGCUACGAAACAUGCCACGAUGCGCCGUACUACGACUAACAAGACACCAGGUGUCGGUGCUUACCGUGAUGACCAGGGCAAGCCCUUUGUCCUGCCUUCCGUCCGCGCUGCUGAGCAGAAGGUUAUCGACAGCAAGAUGAACAAGGAGUACGCUGGAAUCACUGGUGUCCCCGAGUUCCCUGCUCUCGCUGCCAAGCUCGCCUACGGCGCAAACUCCCCUGUCCUUGACCGUCUCGUCAUCACCCAGACUCUCUCCGGUACUGGUGCUCUGCGCGUCGGCGCCGCCUUCCUCCAGAAGUUCUUCAACGGCGACAAGAAGAUCUACAUCCCCACCCCUUCGUGGGCCAACCACAAGGCCGUCUUCACCCAGGCUGGUCUCGAGGUUGAGCAGUACCGCUACUACAACAAGGACACCAUUGGCCUUGACUUUGAGGGCAUGGUUGCCGACAUCAAAGCCGCCCCUAAGGGCAGCAUCUUCCUCUUCCACGCCUGCGCCCACAACCCCACUGGUGUCGACCCCUCCGAGGCUCAGUGGCGCGAGAUUGCCCAGGUCGUCAAGGCUCAGGGCCACUUCGCCUUCUUCGACAUGGCCUACCAGGGCUUCGCCAGUGGCAGCACCGACAAGGAUGCCUUUGCCGUCCGCCACUUCGUUGAGCAGGGCCAGCAGAUUGCCCUCUGCCAGUCGUUCGCCAAGAACAUGGGUCUCUACGGCGAGCGUGUUGGUGCCUUCUCCCUUGUCUGUGCCGACAAGGACGAGUGCAAGCGCGUCGACUCUCAGCUCAAGAUCCUCAUCCGCCCCAUGUACUCCAACCCUCCCAUCCACGGUGCCCGCAUUGCCAGCGCCGUCCUCAGCGACCCCAAGCUCAACGAGCAGUGGCUCGGCGAGGUCAAGGACAUGGCCGACCGCAUCAUCAAGAUGCGCGCUCUCCUCAAGUCUAACCUUGAGAAGCUCGGCUCCAAGCACAACUGGGACCACAUCACCAACCAGAUCGGCAUGUUCGCCUACACCGGCCUAACCCCCGAGGAGAUGGACAAGCUCGCCAAGGAGCACUCUGUCUACGCUACCCGCGACGGCCGCAUCUCUGUCGCUGGUAUCACCUCCGACAAUGUCGGCCGUCUCGCCGAGGCCAUCUUCAAGGUUAAGGGUUAAAUCAAAUCAGCCCAUAUGUCCCUGUUGAGCGACUGCCCCUGGCGCCACAUGCUGUAUAGUCAAGACGAAACAAAAAGAGACGAAGCUAGGCUAGAUCUGCGUUGUUGCAUCACGCCAGCCAUGUAAUUUUAUGGUAGAGAAGAAAACAAAACUGACCAUGGUGGAAGUUUGUCUUCCACCACGGGAAUCUAGAGCAUUUAAUAAC